AUGGCUACCAGAAACAAGUUAUCAACCACCACCCCAGGCACAAAGAGCGCCGCGAGGCAGGACAUUCCAGACAAGGGGGCAUCAAGCUCCAAACCCAGGCAUGGCGCCAGUGGCUCAGUAUCCUCUGGCCUAUUGGGGCGGAGAGGAGGAGCUGUACUGAUGGGACCCGCAGAGAUCCGGCGGCAGGGAUAUGGCGGAACCUCUGUUGCCGAUGACUGUGGAAGUGUUGUGGGCUUCUGUGGGGUACCGAUGACUCUGCCAAAAACCAAUCCAGCCCUGACGGUGCUGGGAAAACAGACAUUGAAGCACAGCUAUGUGGUAUCUCCCCAUGUGCCUGUGAACUUGAGGGGCAGGGAUCUGCUCAUUAAAUUGGGGGCCACUAUCAUGUGUUCAGCAGAUGGACUAACUGUGACACUUCCAGGAGGAAAAGAAUUCCUUUGCCUGGGGACUUCUUCAAAGAACCAGUAUUUGCUGCAGGACUGUGAACAAUCUACAGCGGAUAUAUACUGGGGUCGGUUGGUGGAAGAAGGCAUUCUGAGACAGUAUCAGUUGUGGAAACCUUGGAUUAUGGCCUUGGCGGUCUAUUCUCCCCCCCGAGAUCCAUUCUAUGUGACCCUCUUUUAUGAUAGGAACGAUGAUGAAAUUUAUAGGGACCUGUUCCAGUCUGACCUUGAGGGUCAGACCUGGAAUGUGUGUUCUCAAAACAUCUAUGUUGGUCCUGAAGGCGUCGCUGCAGCAGUAAAAUUAACCGAUGAGCAACGGCCUUGGUUCAAAAUGGGACCUGAUUCAGUGCCCCACGUUACAUUGGCGGUCCAUGAGGGUCAUCAGGCGAAAGAGCUGGGAACAAUGGUCAAGAGAGCCCUUGAGGAACCUGGCUGGCAAGCUACUCAGAUUCCAGAUGUUUGGUACUCGCCAAAAUGCAAAAUUUACCGUAUCACUUGUCAAUCAGAGGACACAGUGAUUUUGGAGCAUGAACAAAUCUCAAGAAUCCAUGGAAGAGAAAGAAUAGACCAUGCGGAUGCAGUUGCCGCACUUGCGACUCUUCCUGACACCUUGUGGUCAUCAGGGCCUACGGAUGUGGGCCUGGCAACUUGUUCGCCUGUUUUGUUCCAGCUGAAGUCGCAAAUGCCAAUUUGGAAACCGCAGUAUAGGCAAAAGAGGGAAGCUGAGGAGGGAAUUGCAGAAACUAUUGAAGGGCUAUUGAAAGUAGGGGUGCUUGAGCCCUCUCAUUCCUACUGGAACACUCCUAUUUUGCCAGUAGAGAAGCACGGGACAGGAAAGUACAGAAUGGCACAUGACUUAAGAGCCAUUAAUGCCAUUUUGCGUACUGACACAGUACCUGUCCCAAAUCCAUACACUGCACUGAUGGCGUUAAGACCAGAACAGAAGUGGUUUACAUGUAUUGAUCUAGCGAAUGCGUUUUUCUGUCUCCCAUUGCAUGAGUCUCUGAGGGACGUUUUUUCAUUCACAUAUAGGGGGCAACAGUACAGAUACACACGGUUGCCACAAGGCUUUGCACUCUCCCCUGGCAUUUUCAACCAAGUGUUGAAAGAAGCUCUAACGCCAUGCCACCUACCAGAGGGGUGUUCACUGGUGCAAUAUGUUGAUGAUUUGCUCAUUGCGGCUCCGUCGGCGUCGGCAUGUACGGCAGCCUCACUCACCAUACUGAAGAGACUCGCGGAGUGCGGAUUCAAAGUCAGUAAAGAAAAGUUGCAGUUGGUCCGACCAGAAGUAACAUUUCUGGGCCGAGUCAUUGCUCAUAAAUCAGUGGGUUUGCUAAACACCCAUCGUGAUCAGAUUUUGACGCAUCCGAAACCACGUACGGUUAAGGAGUUGCUCUCAUUCUUAGGGUUGACAGGAUACAGCCGUCACUUCAUUCCAAAUUAUGCAGGAAAAACAGCCCUUUUGAGGGAUUUGGUGAAAACGGUAGGUGUCCGAAACUUAAAGGCUGAGCUGCCAUGGACAUCGGCCACUGAGUCGGCGUUUAUCGCAUUGAAACAGGACUUGUCAAGAUCGGCUGAUCUUGCCAUCCCUAAUUAUGAUGAACCCUUCUAUCUUGAUGUUUCAGAAACACACGGGAUAGUUAAUGGGGUGUUGUUUCAGAAAAAAGGAGGAGGGAGAGAUGUACUGAUGUACGUCAGCGUCAGACUGAAUCCAUUAGAGACAAGGCAUCCGGGAUGCACUCAGCAUGCCAUUGGGGUGUCAAAGAUUAUACAAAAGACAGCACAUGUAGUGAGGGACCAUCCGUUGAAGGUGCUGACCACUCAUGGUGUGGUGGCAUAUGUUAACUCACAAGCCUUCACCAUGACACCACUUACACAGCAGAGAGUCUGUAAAGUUUUAGAGGCUCCCAACUUGACCUUCACACAUGAAGGGAUUAACAUGGCAGAUUUAAUGGGAGGAGCAGGAGAACCCCACGAUUGCACAAAGAGAGCUGAAGUUGACGAGAAGAUAAGAGAAGACUUGAAAGCAGAACCUCUGACAGGAGCUGAAGAUUGGUUCACGGAUGGAUGCUGCUACAGAGAUGAGGAAGGAUUGAAAGCAGGCUACGCGGUGGUUUGCAGAAGAGAGGCCGAAUUUGAAGUGAAGGAGGCUGGAAGACUUGAAGGGCAGCAGUCAGCCCAAAGAGCAGAAGUAAUUGCUCUAAGUCGAGCACUAAGACUUGCAAAAGGAAAAAGAGUCAACAUUUACACGGACUCAGCUAAUGCCUUUGGAGCAGCUCAUGUGGAACUGGCCCAAUGGAGGAGAGCAGGAUUCAGGACAGCUGAGAAUGCACCAAUCUGCCACAAAAAGGAAAUGGAGGAACUUGAGCAGGCCUUGGGAAAUCCAGAGGAGGUGAGUAUCAUAAAGUGUAAAGGUCACUCCUCGGGGACUGGCAUGGUGGCCAGAGGAAAUCAGGAAGCCGAUCGAGCCGCGAAGGAGGCAGCGGGCUAUAAAGCACUACGGCAGAUGGUGCAAAUAACCGUGGAGGAAGAACAAGGGGUUAACAUGUUAGAGGAAGCCAGGAAGACUCAAGAGGAGGCGGCCCCAGAAGAGAAGGGGAUCUGGAAGAGUCGAGGAGCCUGGGAAGAAGGAGGUCUCUGGCGAGGACCUGACGGACGACCAGUGUUGACGGCCAAACUGGCAAAACAGAAGAUUGCCGAAGCGCAUGGGUUUGGUCAUGUAGGUGUGGCCCAGAUGGGAAGACAUCUGUGCCAUUGGUGGCAUCCCUUCUUGAGGGAUAUGAUUAAGGAAAAAGCCAGGACGUGUCUGAUCUGUGGGAGGCACAAUCCAAAGCCAGUGAUCAAACCGGAGGCAGGUAAGUUCCCCAUUCCAGAAAGACCAGGGGAAGAGAUUGUCAUUGAUUUUACUGACAUGAUCGAUGUGGGACCAGGAGGGGUUCGAUAUCUACUG